AUGCAUUCUUACCUGAGAAGUCAGCAGGGAGACUUGGCAGAUGCUACCGAUAGUGUGAUCUAUGGCCCUUCCACACAAAACAAAAUAGAGCGAUGGUGGAGAGAGCUUUUGGAAAGAAUGGAGAGAUAUUUCAAGCGUCAACUAAAUAGUCUUGUAGAGGAAGGAGAAUAUGACCGUGAUGAUGACACUCACAGGAAUAUGUUAGCUUUUGUUUACGUUCCUGUGCUGCAGAAAGAAUUGGAUACAUUUCGAACAUCAGUUUGGAACAACCAUCGAAGUCGGUAUCAACGAGACAAAGAACUGCCAGUUGGUGUUCCGGAACACAUUUAUCAUUUCCCAGAGAAUUAUGGUGGUGAGAGACAUGGUCUACCUGUUACAGAGGAGCAACUUCAAGAGGUUGGAGAGCUUUCAAAUGUUUUGGAGGGAACAGAUGACUAUCUAACAGAUAAUUUUCGACUUAGAUAA